AUGGACAACAGACGACCGGGCCAUCACCCCUCGCCAUCGCCCGGGCCAGGUUAUCAUGGCCAGGCGCAACAGCAGCAGCAACAUGGCUACCAGUUGGACGAUAUGCCCUAUGGUAACAAUUAUCCACCUGCUGCUUCCCACACCAACCUCGAUCUGCCUGGCGGCCCCGUUCGGUACGGCUCGUCAAGCGAUAUGCUGUCACUCAACGCUGCACAGUCCGUGACCGACGUGUCGCAUAGCCCGUACGGCCACGGGCAGGGGCACCCUUCCGAAUACUCUGUCAAUCCGGAGCAGCACCACGACGCGUAUUACAACCAACCCUAUACUCCUAACCCCGAGACUCCGUUCGGCGACCAGCACGCGUACGAUUACGAUGACCAGUCGCGGCCAAUGCUUGAGACCAAUGACUCCCACGUCCAGGGUCAGGAGCCAUACAGAGAUGAGCCACGUCCAGCAGGUCAGGGUCUGAAGCGUUGGAAGACAGUCAAGCAGGUCUUGCUGUACAGAGGCAACCUCGUCCUAGAUUGUCCUGUGCCGCCACGGCUGUUGAACCAGCUCCCUCACGGCGAGCGUGACGAGUUCACUCACAUGCGUUACACCGCCGCUACCUGUGACCCCAACGACUUCUAUACCGAAAACUUCACGCUUCGUCAAAAGCUUUUCAGCAAGCCUCGCCACACUGAGCUGUUCAUCGUUGUCACCAUGUACAACGAAGAUGAUAUCCUGUUCGCACGAACCAUGGUUGGUGUUUUCAAGAACAUCGAGUAUAUGUGCAGCCGCAAGGAGAGCAAGUCAUGGGGUCCUGAUGCGUGGAAGAAGAUUGUCGUUUGUGUCGUCAGUGACGGACGUGCCAAGAUCAACAAGCGUACGCAGGCGCUCCUCGCGGGUAUGGGAGUGUAUCAGGAAGGUAUCGCCAAGCAGCAAGUUAACGACAAGCCUGUGACGGCACACAUUUACGAGUACACCACACAAGUCGGACUGCAAAUCAAAAACGACGUGGUCCAGCUUAUCCCGAAGAAGCAGCCUGUACAGAUGCUGUUCUGCCUGAAAGAGAAGAACCAAAAGAAGAUCAACUCCCACAGAUGGUUCUUCCAAGCCUUUGGGCGCGUCCUGAAUCCGAACAUUUGUGUGCUUUUGGACGCGGGUACCAGGCCGGGUGGCAACUCGAUUUACCAGCUCUGGAAAGCGUUCGAUCUCGAGCCCAUGUGCGCUGGUGCUUGCGGCGAGAUCAAAGCAAUGCUUGGUACGGGAGGGAAGUAUCUGCUCAAUCCCUUGGUUGCGACGCAGAACUUCGAGUAUAAGAUGAGCAACAUCUUGGACAAGCCUCUAGAGUCGGCCUUCGGGUUCAUCUCUGUGUUGCCAGGUGCCUUCUCGGCUUACAGAUAUGUUGCUCUGCAGAACGACAAGAACGGCCAGGGCCCGCUGGAGAAGUACUUCAAGGGCGAAACCUUGCAUGGUGCCGGCGCUGGUCUGUUCACAUCCAACAUGUAUCUUGCUGAGGAUCGUAUCCUGUGUUUCGAGCUCGUCACGAAGCGCAACUGCCACUGGAUCCUUCAGUACGUCAAGUCUGCUACUGGAGAGACCGACGUGCCCGAUACGAUCACGGAGCUGGUCUUGCAGCGCCGUCGCUGGCUGAACGGCUCGUUCUUCGCUGCCAUUUACGCCAUUGCCCACUUCUACGAAUUCUUCCGGUCCGACCACUCUGCCUUGAGAAAACUCAUGCUUUUCAUCGAGUUCGUCUACUCCACCAUCAACAUGAUCUUUGCGUGGUUCGGUAUAGGAAACUUUUUCCUCGUCUUCAAGAUCUUGACCACGAGUCUUGGUAGCCCUCAUCUCCUGGGUCGAGUUGGGCAGAUUCUCGCGGUCGUAUUCGAGUGGUUCUACGCUAUUUCCUUGGUGGCAUGCUUCGUUCUGUCCAUGGGUAACCGGCCUGCCGGUUCUGGCAAGCUUUACACUGCCAUGGUCAUCUUCUGGGCCAUCAUUAUGAUAUAUCUGACCUUUGCGGCGGUCUACAUCUCUGUCGACGCCGUGCGCACUCAGCUCGCCGAUGGACAGUUCCAGAUCAGCGAUAUCUUCAACGAUCCUGUCUUUUUCUCACUUAUCGUAUCGAUGCUGUCGACAUACGGUAUCUGGCUGAUUGCUUCACUCCUGUUCUUCGACCCAUGGCACAUGAUUACGUCUUUCAUCCAGUAUCUGCUCUUGACGCCGACGUUCAUCAACGUUCUCAACGUUUACGCCUUCUGCAACACUCACGACAUUUCGUGGGGUACCAAGGGUGACGAUAAGCCCGAUGAGUUGCCCAAGGUCGAUACCAAGGAUGGCAAGGGCAAGACUGACCUGCCAGACGAGACCGAUUUGGACAAGCAGUACGAAAAGGAGCUUAGAGAGUUCUCUACCAAGUUCGUGGCUGAGAAGAAGCCACCUACCGAUGCCCAGAAGGCCGAGGCGCAGAUGGACUACUACCGGUGGAUCCGGUCCUUGGUCGUUCUCAUCUGGAUGAUUACCAACUUUGGACUUUGCGCUCUCGUUUUGAGCACCGCUGGUCUUGAGAAUCUGGACGCGAAUGCUGAAAAAGAGGCGGAGAGCCUGCGGGCGCAGCUCUACAUGAAGAUUGUCCUGUGGAGUGUGGCGGUCCUCAGUGCCUUCAAGUUCAUUGGCGCGUGUUGGUUCUUGAUUGUCCGUAUGUUCAGAGGUGUAUAG